CAACUCCCAGCAGGCCCCGCGCGGACCUACGUCACCACGAGGAGACGCUGCUACGCAACUCCCGAUGGUCCCGGUCGAACGAGCAGAGCCGAGAAGUCUCCUGCAGGGUCCUCCGUCCUCCUCCGGCCUCCUCCGUCCUCCUCCGUCCUCCUCCGGCCUCCUCCGUCCUCCUCCGUCCUCCUCCGUCCUCCUCCGGCCUCCCCCGCCUCUCCAGUAGAGGUUCUCCUCUGAGGUUCUCCUCUGAGGUUCUCCUCUGGGGUUCUCCUCUGGGGUUCUCCUCCGGGGUUCUCCUCAAUAACCACACCCAGCAGCACCGCUGAUGGCGACCCCACUCAAAGUCUGCAUCGUUGGCUCUGGGAACUGGGGUUCUGCUGUCGCCCGGAUCGUUGGCAGGAACGUUCAGUUGCUGCAGCGCUUUGCGCCCAUGGUGAAGAUGUGGGUGAAAGAGGAACAUGUUGACUGCAGGAAGCUGACGGACAUCAUCAACACGGAGCACGAGAACAUCAAGUACCUUCCUGGAUACAAGCUUCCGGAGAACGUGGUGGCCGUGCCCCAGCUGCUGGAGGCUGCCGGUGGAGCAGACCUGCUGGUGUUUGUGGUUCCUCAUCAGUUCAUCCAGAAGCUCUGUGACGACCUGUCAGGAUGUGUCUCCAGCAACGCUCUGGGAAUCUCCCUCAUCAAGGGGAUCGAUGAGGGUCCCGGAGGUCUGCAGUUAAUCUCCGACGUCAUACGACACAAGCUGGGGAUCGACGUCAGUGUUCUGAUGGGACCCAACAUUGCCAACGAGGUGGCAGCUGACGAGUUCUGCGAGAGCACCAUAGGCAGCAGAGUGGUGGAGAACGGGCUUCUCUUUAAACAACUGCUUCAGACGCCAAACUUCAGGAUCAAAGUGGUAGAUGACACCGACACAGUGGAGCUGUGUGGAGCCCUGAAGAACAUCGUGGCGGUUGGUGCAGGCUUCUGUGACGGGCUUCAGUGUGGCGAUAACACCAAGGCGGCGGUGAUUCGUCUGGGACUGAUGGAGAUGAUUGCCUUCGCUAAGCUCUUCUCUAACAAGGUCAGCAUUUCCACGGACACCUUCCUGGAGAGCUGUGGCGUGGCCGACCUCAUCGCCACCUGCUACGCUGGACGCAACCGACGAGUGGCUGAGGCCUUCACCAAGACCGGAAAGAGCAUUGUGGAUCUGGAGACGGAGAUGUUGAAUGGACAGAAGCUCCAAGGUCCGGCCACCUCGGCUCAGGUCUUCCACAUCCUGCAGCAGAGAGGCCUGCUCAGCAAGUUUCCUCUGUUCACUGCCGUCUAUCAGAUCUGCUUCCAGGGCCGCCCGGUUUCAGAGCUGGUGUCCUGCCUGCAGAUCCACCCUGAGUACCGAUAAUUGACUCUCCACGACUCUGCCCAGCAGCUGCUCCACCCGAUGACUCUGUUUCAGUUCAACCACCAUUCAAAUCCAGGUGGUUUCAGUAUCUAGGUGACAACUAACAUUGUGCAAAGUCCUUUUCAUCUUUUUGGAUAUCCUGGACAUACGCUGGGUGCCUGAAGGCCUGAACAGCUGCCCGAUAAUCUGAUCCUUUCAUCUUGUCUCUGAGGUACAGGCCCCUGUAUCACCACAUGAUACAGCUGUUUGGAUGGGACAGCUGUUUCGUGAGAUUCAUCGUGACGAUAUUUCUCGUUUAAGUGAAAAGCUGACUCGCGGGUUCAGGGCAGAAGCCUAUUGGACUGUAGGCACACAGCUAACAGAACACACACCUUGCCAAACGGGGACAACAGACUCAUUUUUCUGGCAAAUUCCAGUCGGAGCGGGCAGGAAAACGGCCAAAAUGUGGUCAGAAUAAAGUUUAGAAGUCUGUCUUCCCUGAGCCCUGCAGAAGAUACUGAUGUUUCUUGGUUUACAGUUUUUCUCCAUUGGUUUGGCUCAUUUCUUAAAACAGAAAUUAUAUUCUCAAAACAACAUGGACAAACUACUCUGCAACUGCUCACAACAUAACAGUAUUUCUCAUCCAUUUUAUCACAUCUCAACUGUCUUUGUCCACGUCUCAAUGUCUCAGAACAUGCUUUACUAUCAUGCUUUACUCUCACAGUAUAGAUGUAUCCUUCUCCAAAUGAAUAUAUCACGUCUAUCUACUCCCUCUCUACUCCCCCUCAUAUCAGCCAUCAUCCACUCCUCCUCGUCCUCUGGAACUGUUCCCGCUCUUUUUAAAUCUGCAGCUGUCAGCCCCGUCCUGAAGAAACCUGGUUUAGGUUCUGUCCACACGGAGCCAAAACGGUCAUAUUUUACAAAACGAAUUGCGUAAAGACGGAGUCAGCAAAAAAAAAAAAAAAGCGUCCACA